UGAGCCGAGACCGGGUAGUAGUCCGCUUUGCGCUAUUCGCGCUACAGUCGUCAGUACUCGGCACUCUCCGCUCCUGACUAGUUCGACUCGGUCUCACCCUCCUUCCCCCUCUCUCUCUCUCUCUCUUUUCCCCCUCUGCCCCUUGGGUUUUCGCCUGACGACGCUGCUCUCUCGGGCAUUUCGCCGGAAACCGACGCCGCGCGAGGACAGAGUUUCGUUACGCGUAAUACGUUGCUCUAUCUUUUCCUAACGUUUGUAAGAAGACCACGCAGGCAUCUUGCUCAACGCAUCUAUUCAUCAUGAGCAGCAAAGAAAACAACGAGGUCGCCGUUGAGAAGGUGACCGAGAACGACAAGGCUUCCGGAGACGCGAAGUGCGAGAUCAAAGGAAUGAAGAGGCCGGCCGAGGACAAGAACGAUGAUACGAAAAAACAGAAGAAAGAAGAGAACGGCGAUGGUGAAGUAGAAGAAGAGGACAUUGAGGAGGAAGUUGAAGAAGAGGAAGAAGUCGACGGCGAUGGCGAAGAAGACGACGAAGACGACGACAUACCAGAAGGCGAAGAAGACAUAGAAGAGGGUGAAGAUGAAGAGGAGGACGAUGCAGAAGGCGAAGUAGAAGGAGAAGUAGAAGACGAAGAGGAAGACGCAUAAUGAAAAAGGGAAAGGAGUAUGUAAGUAAGAAGGGAGGUAGGCACAUGGCAUCGUCGUCGAUCUUCGGCAGGUCUUCUCAGCAAACACUUACUCUCAUAUUGAGUGGUUGGUAGCAAUGUUGAUUAUCCAUCGUGCCCGAACCCUAUUGCCUCCCGACCUACGAGUAAAGAUUACCACCUCACCGGAGUUGUGGUGGGCUGACACACAUUAGAAGCAAGCCGCAAUUCUACUGUCUUGGCUCUUCGCAAUUCUGGUCGUCUAGCCAUCACCAAAUACUGUUAGGUAGUUUGAAUUAAAACGAUGUAUUUGUCGUGAGGAAUCUUGAACGUUGAUUUCGUAUAAUGUCGAAGUGAUUCGUAUGCAUUCGUAACGUUUGAUACAAACAUUGUACAUAUUCCCAUGACGAAUGUAUGGUUUUGUCCAAACCAUCUAUCAACUGGUAUUUGUCAUCAUCUGGCUCACUUCGCGGGACAGUUUUAUAACGAAAACUUAUUUAAGAUAUAAAAAAAGCUCUAUUGUAUUUAAAUAGUGUAAAAUGAACAUUUGUGGGUGAUGAUUUUUUUUACAUUUGAAAUCAAAUUUACGUUUGUAGUUCGACGAAUGUCUCUCACCUUGUGCGCGUGAUCGAUUUUUUUUUUUUUGAUCUAUACGUGUAUUUGCAAUGACUGCAGGAGCGCGAGCAAUUAAAAGAAACGAGGAUGAAGAAAAUAUAUAAUAAUGAAUUAAGUGAUACGUAAGACAACAAAAAUAGCAAAUAAAUGCGUAUAAACCUAGAAGGACAUCUCUCGACAUUCGAUGUAUACUAAAAAUGAAUUUUAAUAGUCUUAAAAAGAUUCUGCUACGUGCUCCUGUUUGAUCUGAAAAGAAGAAACAGGAAUUACAAGUUAAUAUAACGCUCGCGCCAGGUAGUGUGGAUGAGUAAUGUGUGACUUUAACAUUGCAUAAUAAUUAUACAUAGUAUGUAUAAAGUUAUGGAAUAAGAAACAUUUUAUUAUUAACGAUAUAAUAUUAUGUAACGUAAUGUAAUGUGGAGAGGUUGUUACACUUUAGGCUUGAAGUACAGAGUGGGGAGAGAAUAUUUCUUACAAACGUUGCAAAUAUUACAGAAUAUUUUUUAUUUGUUCCAAAUAACUAUUCCAUUUAUUCAGCACAUAAACGUAUGUGUACGCGUAUUAAUUUCGAAACAAAUCACACAGUGGAUUCCAAAAAAGAUUUUAAGUGAUAAUGUACAUCAACUAUAUAUACUUAUAUAUACAUAUAUAUAUAAAUAUAUAAAAUAUGUAAAAGAAAUCGGUAAGAAUACUCUCCCUAUUCGAUUGCUCUCGUCCGAGCGUAAUUCAUUUGAUUUUAUGUACUGUGGUUUUAUUUUGACUUCAUCGUCAUGGACAGCACGUAGCAAUGAUUCGUUGACUAUCGCAGAACGAGUGACAGUAUUUCUUUAUUGCGAUUCCUCUUGUAUAUGGUGAUCGGUGUCGUAUUAAUGACAUACUCCCACAGAACUCUAUCAGUGUUUGGUAAUUUUUAAUGCGUUAAAUAUACGAUUUAUUGGUUACCAUCUAAUUGAAAGAUACUCUAUGGCCAAAGUCGAUGGAUAGUUGCGAGUGCCGCGUCCAUGGUGUACCACUUAGUUUGGGAGACUGGUAGACAAAAGAAAAGAAGGGUGAAGAGACAUUGCGGUUACGAUACCAUUGUACCAUAGCUGCAUAAUAAAUAAAGGUAACGAUAAUUUGAAUGCGA